CCCGGGCGCGGAGGGUGAGGUUACUGUGAGAGGUCGCGGCGGCGGCGGAGGCUCCGGCUCCUCCAAGGGAAGAUGGCGGACGAUCGGAAGCGGGCGGAUAACGCCAAGCACCGGCGAGGGGAGCAGCUCAAGCGCUGGCUGGGCUCCGAGACCGACCUGGAGCCGCCGGUCUUCAAGAAGAAGAAGACGCGGGUGAAGUUCGACGACGGCGCCGUGUUCCUGGCUGCCUGCUCGAGCGGCGACACCGAGGAGGUGAAGCGGCUGCUGGACCGCGGCGCUGACAUCAACUACGCCAAUGUGGACGGGCUGACGGCGCUGCACCAGGCCUGUAUUGAUGAGAACCUCGAAAUGGUAAAGUUUCUGGUGGAAAACAGCGCAGACACUAAUCAACCAGACAAUGAGGGCUGGACCCCGCUGCAUGCUGUGGCAUCCUGUGGAUACAUAAAUAUAGCAGAGUAUUUGAUAAAUAAUGGAGCCAAUGUUGCUGCUGUUAAUAGCGAGGGUGAAAUCCCAUCUGAUAUUGCAGAAGAAUCAGCAAUGAAAGACCUUUUGCAAGAGGAAAUAAGUAGACAAGGAAUUGACGUUGAAACGGCAAGGAAAGAAGAAGAACACCGAAUGCUACAGGACGCAAGGCAAUGGUUGAAUAGUGGCAAAAUAGAGGAUGUAAGAAACACCAAGUCAGGUGGUACCGCUCUGCAUGUGGCUGCUGCUAAAGGCUAUUUGGAAGUUUUGAAGCUCCUAAUUCAGGCUGGAUAUGAUGUAAAUAUCAAGGAUAAUGAUGGCUGGACACCACUUCAUGCUGCUGCUCAUUGGUGCAAAGAGGAAGCCUGCAGAAUCCUUAUUGAGAAUUUUUCUGAUAUGGAUGCUGUUAACAAAGUGGGUCAGACUCCUUUUGACUUGGCUGAUGAGAGUAUCAUUGAACAUUUGGAGGAGCUCCAGAAGAAACAGAAUAUUCUUCGCACUGAGAAACGAGCUGUGAAAUCAACACUUAUUGAAUCAACAGUAAACUGCAAACUGCAACCCAAGCAUUUGAGUAAAGACAGUCUACUUUCUGAGGAAGAAAAGGAAACAAAGCGCAAAUCCCUAGAACGAGAGAAAGUUGAUGAAGAGGGUAAAAAAGAUGAAUCUAGCAGCUCCAGUUCUGAGGAAGAUGAUGAUGCUUCUGAUUCUGAAUCCGAGAUAGAUGCAGAUAAAUCAAAGCCUUCUAUCAAAAAUAGUAUUAACAGCAAAUUGAAUAGCAGUAUCUCUCAACUAUCUCCAACAACAGGGCAGUCCACUAGAUUUACAGCUACCACUACAACAAGAAAGAUCAUUACCCCUUUUAUUAAACCUGCUACCAAAGAUGAAGAAGGGAAGGAUGAAUCUCCAGCUUCUUGGAGAUUGGGGUUGAGGAAAACAGGGAGCCACGAUGCACUGACUGAUAUCAGCAGUUCCCAAACAUUGAAAGAGAAGGACUCCUUUGGGAUCAUCCGGUCAGCUUCAAGUCCCCGUCUUUCAACCAUUUUUGAUAACCGGGAAAAGGACAAAGAUACUAAAACCAGACUUGUAUAUGUUGCACCAACGAUCCCUAGCAGAAGGUUGCAUAGUACAUCAGAUAUUGAGGAAAAAGAAAAUAGGGAAUCUGCCGCUAGUUUGGUACGCAGUGGGUCAUAUACAAGACGGCCUUGGAGGGAUGAGUUAAAAGAUGCAAAUCACGUCGGAAGUGAAGGUGGCCUGUCUGUAAAUGUAUCAACUGCUAAUACAUCAUCUUUAUAUCAACGAAGUGCCUCUCUUGGUAGAAGAAAAGAUGACUUGAACAGUUCCUCCAUUUCUGUCAUUCCCAUCACCACCUCAGUCAUCUCAGCUGCUACCAUAGCAACCGUUACCUCCGCUGCUGGCCAGCAACCCAGCCGAAAUACCAUCAUCUCUCCCUCUUUCUCUUCCUCUUCCAUCUUAAAUAACAUUGAUUCCACAGCAAUCGUCUACCAGGGCAGGUCCUAUCUCACCCCUGUCCGAGAUGAAGAAGCCGAAUCGCAGAGAAAAGCUCGAUCCAGGCAGGCCCGGCAGACAAGGAGAUCAACGCAGGGUGUAACGCUAACAGAUCUGCAAGAAGCCGAGAAGACAUUCAGCCGUUCUCGUGCUGAAAGACGAGCUCGGGAACAACAAGAGAAGGAUGAAAAAGAAAAACAAGAUGUAGAAAAGCAGGAUGAAAAAGAAAAGCCAUUAAUAUCACAAGAUGCAGAAGACUACAGACAAAGAUGGAGUAGAACUCAAGAAAAAGAGUCUGGAUAUCGCCAAUCCCGGAGUACGUCACAGUCAGAUAGUCCAACUGUACCUCUUGUGUCACCUUCUACAUCAGACAGUUUGCUGUAUGCAAGUAUCCAACAAAACCAGCUGAAUGGAAUCUUAGAUCAAACCCCAUCUUACCUUCCACACUCAAGGAUUUUAUCGAAAGAAAUGGAGAGCAAUGGUGGUUCUGAAAACGUAAAUGAAGAUGACAGAGACUCUAAUGAAAAACAGCUGUCAAUAAGGGAAAGACGACGACCCAGGGAGAAACGGCGAUCCACUGGAGUAUCGUACUGGGCUCAAGAUGGUGAAAGUGAAAAAGAGGAGAAAGAUACCCAGCCUGAUCGUCUCAGCAGGUUGGAUUCUGGAUCAUCAAAUAUCUCGACAGACAUUUGCAGUGAUCGUUUGUUGAGUCGAACAAGUUCCUACACGCGCAGGGAGAAUCGAUUGGCAUCCCUAACUAAACCAGAGCAAGACAAUGCUAUAAAGGAUUAUAAGAAGUUGUAUGAAGAGGCCUUGACAGAAAAUGAUAAACUUAAAGCCAAACUGCAAGUGGCACAACUUGAACUUGCUGACGUGAAAGCCCAGCUGGAGAAAACCACUCAGAAACAGGAACGGAUUUCUGAUAAGUCUUCGAUGCUGGAGAUGGAGAGAAGGGAAAAACGUGCUUUGGAGAGGAAAGUUUCUGAAAUGGAGGAAGAGCUAAAGGUUUUGACAGACUUAAAAUCCGACAACCAAAGGCUGAAAGAUGAGAAUGGAGCCCUAAUCCGUGUUAUAAGUAAAUUGUCAAAAUGAAGCAUGUCCUUCUAAGCAAGAGGCAAGGAAAGUAAAACCAACAAUGAGCCUACUUGUUCUACAAAAGAGCCAUCACAAUAGUUUCCUCCAGAAUGGGAAGAGCUUAACUGUUCAAGGCUUUCUCCAACCAUUUGAUGUCUGAAGGUUCAUUCAGGUUAUGAUUCAACUCUGCAAUUACAAGGUCUUUAGUGAUCCAUUUAGGGAGAGAAAUGCUAACUUUUGAAAGAAAAAAAUCACCACAAGUCCAUAGUUGUUAAGAGAACACUUGCAGCUUUUCACAAUUGAGCCACAUCCUGUAGUGUUUCAGAAUGAUUAUGAGAAUUGCCUAUCACUAUCAAGCCUGGUCAAUCACAUUCACAGCGCCCCACAAUUAGUCGGCUGUGUGUUGGCAAAUAUUUCUGUUAUGCAGUAUUCACUUUUCACAGCAAUUAAAAUCACUGCAGAACAAGGCUUGUUCCUUUUAAAGUUUUUAAAAAACCCCAUCAGCUAGACUGUAUGGUGCAGAAAGUAUUAACCCUAUGUGCAAUAUGCUGUUUUAUUAUUUUAACAAGAUGCUCGUGUACAAUUCAGCUGCCUCCUUUCACUUUAUUUUGUUUACCUUUUUUGUCAGCGUGAAUACCCUUUUUUAGUUUUGUAUUCAAAUCUUUAAGAUGGUCGUUAGUCUUUGGUUGUCUCUUGCUGAAGUAAAAUAUGUGAAGCGAUGUUGGAUGGCUACCAGUCUUUGCCUAUUUUUGCCCAGCUAACCCCUCUUAGAUCAAUGUUUAUUCCAUCAAAUGAUGAAAAAAAUAUUGGAUUCAGAUUACGGUUGCUUACUGGGACGACCUCAUAGAUGCAUUAAAACGUGCUUGCUGGUUUUGCAAUUUUCUUUUGACACUUGACACUUUCUUGUGCUUCAUCUCAUGUCACACAAAGCUAGUUUUAGGUCAGACUUUGAGAAUUAUUUUGCUCUUGCCUAUACACUCGGAAUAUUACAACUUUAUAGGCUCAAAUGUUUUUUUUAAUCAUUUCAUUGCAUGCCGAGCAAUAUACUAUCUCCAAUGUACUACUGCUACAGAAGUGUAAAGCAAAAUGGUACUUUUCUAAAGACCACCUCCUUAAAUAAUGGAGUUCAGGGAAAGGAUCCAUUCAAAAACCCAUGGUAUAGUCCUUAAACUGAUGGAAUUCACAAACAAAUCUAGUAUUUGUAGAGUGCUUUUCCAUGGCUAAAAUGUCUAGUUUUAGACAAUGCCACUAGGGUACUGAAAUCUGUGUGUGUGUGCGUGCGUGUGUAUAUAUACAUUCUCAAUGGUACCAAAAAGGCCGUCAGUUUUGUGUUUUUGUUUACCUUAAUCAAGCCUACAGGUUACUAAAAAUGCAUCGGGUGGUUUUUAUUUUUUAAAUCCUGUGUAAAAUGGACCUUGCAGUAAUAUGGCUGCUGAAUAGAAUGCAAAGGGACUAAAUUAUUAACAGUCCUUUCUACUGCAUUGAGAUUAUGUGCAUAAGAGAUCUUCACAGGAGGGUUCAUCCUGCUGGGAUUUUACAAUAUGCAGCUGUUGGUGGCCUUUUAAACUAUGAAUAUAUUAUUAGAUAUCAUUUAGUGUUAUAAUUUGAACAUUUUUGUCACAUGUUGGGGAAUGCACAUGUGGGGAAAUGUGCACAUUAUUUAAAGCUUGUAAACACAUCUGUAUUUUAUGGUUAAAUAGACCACUGAGUUCAGGUUUGAAAUUACAUUGUACAGCUAUUGUAUGUAAAUGAAAAGAACUAAACACAUUGUCACCUUUGCAGAUGCUUCUAUUAAAUGUGAGUCUCUUACUGCUCUGAUAAUACAAUACGUGUAUUAAAUUCUUGUGAUGCUUUUGGUUCUAAGGUUGGAAGUACUGUAUUAUACAUAAUGUGCAGCUUGCGUAAGAUCAAGUUUUAUGCAGAUACAAGGUCAUUCUUCUGAUGUGCUUAUUAUUAGAAUCACCUUUUAGAUUUACAAUUGCCUAAAGUAAAAUAAACUCUGGUCUGCUGUGAGGUAUUGAAAUUCACUGUGCACCAUACAGUACAAUAAAAGGGUUGACUAUAUCAACCAAUGGACCAGGAUUUUACCUCCAGUUAUAUUUGCUGGUCAUGGUUGAUACCUAGCACCAAAAUAAAAUGUAUUUCAGAAAAUAAGUGCUUUUGUGCUUACAAGAGGGAUAAUAUUUAAUGUGCACAAGUGUCAUGACUGGGUGAUGCGAAUGGUGAGAGGGUUUGAAAAAUGGCUGAUUUAAUUAAUUAACUCAAAACCUUUUUUAAAUCAAAUUGAGGGACAAAUUGCAUUGAAGGACUGAUCUUUUAAGUUGCCCAAUUUAAGAUAGAAUUAAUUUUCUGGAGCAAAUGGACAGUUUUCAAAAUUCAUCCUUGGGCACCAUCCUUUUUUCUAGUCUUCAUUGUUAAUUAAAUGUGCAUGAACCUGUUCCAAUUUUUAGUUUCAGUAAAAUUUUAUAUCAGUUUUAAUACUUAUGCAGACUAUAGUUUACGUUAAAGUUCACUAGAAUUGUUUAUUUAAAGUGAUCCACAUUUUAAGUGGAUCACUUUAAAAGUCUUGUUCUUUAAUGGCUAAAUUAGGUCCCAUCUGGAGUCCCUCAGAGCCUGGGCAACUCAUUUAAAAGUUGACAGUGGGGUGGACAUCUCAAGAUGUUACUGAUGAUCAUUUGACUUUCCAGGAUUGCGUGCAAGACAAGGCAACGUUAUUUUCUUUUUAACUGGCUUCAAGUUGUAUUUUCCACACUUCAUGGUUGUGGAUUUCAUAACAUUCGAGGUUUGAAGCUACUGGAGUCGAAAUAGCGCUUGAUGGUCCAGCCUCAUGUUAAUUGUGUAUAGAUCUGAUUGAAAUCAGUCAACAGUGUGGUUUUUGAAGUAUUCAACAUCUAAAGUCUUGAUUUUUAGCCCUUUUAAAGACAGUCCGCCCUCAAAUUGUUAACAUAAUGUGGGUAAUUCUGGAGCUCAGUCCUCAUCCACAAGUCCUAGAUCAAUUGUUCCACAAGUGAAACUAUCAUAGACUCUUCAAUGAUGUCAUCAUGCGAAGUUGAAUACAAAUAAAUUAUGCAACCUGGAAAUUUACUCUGUCCCUAUUUGAAGAGCACGUUCAAUGUAAAUGUAUCAGAAUCUAUUACAAACCCUAUUAUAUGAAUCUGACAUAGUGCCCAUUACCAAACUUCCCCGUUGUGCAAAGACGUUAGCCUGAUGUGCUCUUUUCCAUAAUUGUGUGUUGCUGAUAUACUUUUUGCUAAAACCAGAAGGAUAAACUGUCGCUAUUAUUUCUUCCUGGCUAAACUUAUUGCUUAUUGUACAUUAAGCAUUUAAAAAAUGUAAAUAACAUAUCUUUCAUUAUCAGGAGUAUUUUGUAUGUGAAUGAUGACACCAAGGUGGCCAUUAAAAUAUAUUUUUCUACUUUAAGUCCUCCUGGUCUCGGUCUGCACCCUGACACCGGGGAAAACAACAGGAAGAUUUUUAGUCAAGUCAAGUCAAGUUUAUUGCCCUAUGCACAAGUAUGGUGAAAACCUUGCUUGCAUCAGCAUCACAGACUCAGAUAACACUUACAUUUUAUAAAUUCUACAAAGUGUGAGGAAAAAGACAGUGUAAAACACAAUUAGGAAAUCAACUCCAAGAGGUAGUCGAUAAGUUCCGUUGCAGAGAUGGGAUAAGAGUUUUGCAAAGUGGUUAAAGAAUCUGAUGGUUGUAAGAAAGUAGCUGUUUCUGAUCCCAGUUGUGUGGGAUUUGUGGCUUCUGUACUCCUUGCGCAUGGGUAGCAGUGAGAAGAGGGCAUGGCUGGGAUGGUGGGGAUCCUUGAUGCUGCCUCCUUGAGGCAAUGCCACAUGGAGAUGGUGGGGAGGACCAUGCCCAUUAUAUUCCAGGCUGAAUCCACCACACUCUGCAGCCUCUUCAUUUCCUAUGUGGUGGAAUGGCCUUGAUGCAAGCAAUUUUCUACAAUGCAUCUAUAGAUGUUUAUUAGUGUUUGGUGACACGCCAAAGCUCUUUAAACUUGUAAAAAAAUAUAGAGGCACUGGAGUGCCACGUUCGUGAUUGGAUUUACGUGUUGGGCCCAGGAGAGGUCAUCCAGGGAGUAAAUACUCAGGAAUUUGAAGCUGCUAACUCUCUUCACUGCUGAAGGACUGUCUGAAGAAGGGUCUCAAUCUGAAACAUCAACUAUUCCUUUUCUCUAGAGAUGCUGCCUGACCCGCUGAGUUACUCCAGGAUUUUGUUUUAAUCUUCGAUGUAAACCAGCAUCUGCAGUUGCUUCCUACACAAUGAAAACUGGCACAUGUUCUCCUGAGUUCCCCCUCCUGAAAUCAACAAUCAUUUCCUUGGUCUUAUUGAUGUUGAGCGAUGGUAUGUGUUGAGAGAGAACGCAACCAAGUCUUCCGUAUGCUGACUCAUUACCAUCCAUGAUUUAAUUUAUAGAUGGCUUGGAGUUGUUGGUGCCACAGAUGUAUGUAAGAAGAGUAGAGCAGGAGGAAAAGCACACAGCUAUGCUAUGCACCUGUGUUAGUGGUGAGUGAGGAGGAGAUGAUGGUAUCAAUUUGCACUGAUGUUUGUUGAAUGGGAAAUCACGAUUCAGUAGCAAAGGGAGGUACAGAGGCUCAGGUCUUGGAGCUUGGAGAUGAGUGUGGAUGGCAUGGUUAUGUUCUAUACUUUGGUCGAUGAACAGCAGCCUGAUGUAUGUGUUGUUGUUUUUCAGUUGGUCCAGAAUGUAAUGGAGAGCACAUUCUGUUGAUCUACUGUGGCAAUAGGCAAAUUGAUGCAGAUCAAAGUCAUUUCUGAGGCAGUUGAUUUGCACCAUAACCAACCUCUUGAAGCAGAUCAUUACGAUGGAUGCAAUUGCUACCGGAUGACGGUCAUUGUGACAGGUCACCUUGAUCUUCUUGAGCACAGGUACGAGAGCUCAAAUAUGUUCUUGAAUACUCCAGCUAGUUGGCCUGCAUAACUCUUUACUACUCAGCCAAGUACAACAUCAAGACCGGAUGCUUUAUGUGGAUACACCCUCUUGAAGGAUGCUGAUAUUGACGUUUCAGACAGAGAUCAAUAGGAUUAUCAUGGGCUGUGGGAGCUCAUGUAGGUGUGACAUGUUCUCACUUUCAAAGCAAGCAUGUAAGACAUUGUUCAUCCAGAAAUGAUGCAUUGUUGUCACCUAUCUAUAGAGUUUAGUGUGGUAGGAGUGCAGCCUCUUCCACGGCUGUCGAUAAUUUAUGAUACAGUAACAGUUCAAGCGGAUUCAAUGCUUAAUAGCAAGCUUGGUAAAAGGCAUAAUGUGCCUAGAUCUUUGCUACAGAAGAAGGGUUAUUUACAUUUUGAAACUUAGUGAUUUACAAGGCAUUAUAAUCUAUGGGAGACUAUUUUUCCUUUCACCUUUUAAAAGUAUGUAACAAAAUAAUGAUUGCAGUAUAACAACAAUUUUGGGUCAAUAAUGGCUUGUUCCUAAGAUACUUGAGAGGGGGGGGGGGGGGGGGGGGGGGUUGGAUGCUAGAAAUUGAAAAUGCUCACGACAAUAUCUUAAAAAAGGAAGACCAAGGUUAAUGUUUAACUGUGUCCCCUUUGUCAGAUAUCUCAAGCCUGUUCUUGAAUUGGAUCAGAAAGUGGCUGAAAACUCUCACUGGAUCACUAAUGCAAGAUGUUUAUUGCACAGCCAGACCCGCGGUAAAAGAUUUUACUGAGAUCGAAAACUCUGUGUCAGCUUCCCUAUAAGAUGCAACCAAUCCGUAAAAGUAAUUAAUGGGAAAUUGUGUAAAUCAGUACAGAUGUGUAUUAACAACACAUGCAAUUCUGAUUAUUCAGAAAUCCAUUCACCCAUUCAUGUCCUUAUUUUGGUUCCAUUUUUAAACCAAUAAUAAUGUCCAGGUUUUUGGCAUUUUAGAAUUAUGUUAACAAUUAUAGACAGAUAUUGGUGCACUGCAAAUUGUUGUGUGGUUCAUGAGUGUUUUAAGUGAUAAGGGUGUGUAUGUAAUUUGCAUUUGUUCAGAUUGUAUGAAGUUUAUUUAUUUGAUCUAUGCAUAGAGCCGUUAACUGCUUACAGAACUUUUCACAUCUUGUAUCUGCAUGAAACUGGCUUCAAUAAACUGCAGAAAAAUGUAUUUUGUCAAAUAUAAAUAAAUAAAUUUUAAA